UUUCCCUCCCCUCCCUCCCCUCUCUUUUAUUCUUCCCCUUUACCACCCCACCUCCCUACAGCACAUCGCCUCUUCCGUGUCGACCGCGCAUAGUGCUCCUCUUACAACUGGACAGGGUGCUGCUGUGAACCUGGAGAGAUGGGUAGGGUGCAAUAAAGAAAAGAGGCCAAUGCAACAAUAACAGAGCACGAAAUAUCGCGAUGACACAGUUGAAUGGGCGGUGCAAUACGAUAGCCCGGAUUUUUUUUUUAUAACCCAGCAUCCAUUGACAUGGCUAGUCUGAGAGAGAUCAUGAGGGAGCCCAACUUUUCCUUUCCGAACCAGAACAGGGCAGCCAUCUGCAUCACCAGCUCCAUAUACGACCGGCGUGCCCUGGACUGCACAGACUAUGUCCCUAUCAUCAACACCCUCACCAACCUGGCCUACCUCACCGGCUCAACCCCUACCAUCCGCGAAUUCAUCACCAAAGACGGUGGCCUCGAGCGACUGGUCACUAUUCUCAAAAACACCAAGGUGAACGACAAGAAGAAUGGUCUCAAGUGGACACUUGCCUUCCAAUGUGUAGUCAACAUCGGGGUCCGUGGCACAGAACAUAUCCGCAAGAGAGUUGUACAGGCAGGCAUGAUACCCGUCAUCGUCAACGUCCUGGAGAGCUUCUUCACAGUCCUCAAGUCCGUCAGCGAUGAGAACGAGAGAAAGAGGCUGCUCUGGAGAGUUGAGGCAGCGCAGCAAAACUCCCAACCGAUGCCACAGGCCCAUGCAAUUGAAGGCAACGCCCGGUCAAUACCCAUGGAGAACGGAGAGGCACGACCGCAGCACCAGUUUUUCUACCGCGAGGAUGACAUUCUUCAUUCCCUCCAACUUCUCGCGUAUCUCUCCAAAUACCCAUCUCUUCGGUCCUCAUUCCAUACGGACUCUGGAUCCAACGUCUUUGCUAUUGUCGAAAAGUUCACUCACCGGACGAUGCAUCCUUUAGAGAUUCAGUACUGGGCAGGCGUUAUCAUGCGAAAUGCUUGCCGCAAGGACGAUACAAGGAAGGGCAUCCGUCAGUGUGCCUAUACAGGCUGUGGCAAGUGGGAGACAAAGCCAAGAGAGUUUGCAAAGUGCCGCAGGUGCCGUAAAGCCAAGUACUGCAGCAAGCAGUGUCAGAGCAAAGCCUGGAAUGAGGGACACCGUUGGUGGUGCAUCGAAAAG